CGAUGCUCUAUUUACUUUAGAGAUUGACAAUGACCAGCACCAACCUUCUCAUUCAAAACUCAUUUUUCUUUUCUUAUUCUAAUUGAUCACUUAGAUAGCACCUGCAAGCUACUUUUAAUUCUUUUGAACUUCUAGCAUGAUGUUUCUUACGGCUUUGACAAUUCUGCAUUGCAUGUACCCAAAAAACAGAAAACAAUUCUGCAUUGCGAAACACAGAAAAUAACUCUAUGAUCCAUCCCGAGACCCAGAAAAGUUGAACCAAUGGGCACUCUCUGUUUCAUGAGCAUCGUUGCUUUUGUUCUUGUCUAUGGUUUCAAACCUUCCGUGGCAGUUAGUUCCAUUCGUCAGUCCCAAAGCCUCAGUGACGCCCCAAGAACAACCUUGGUUUCCCAAGGUGGAAAUUUUGAGCUCGGUUUCUUCACCCCAGGAAACUCUGACAAACGCUACCUGGGAAUUUGGUACAGGAAAAUCCCACAAACUGUUGUUUGGGUGGCAAACAGCGUCAACCCAAUUAAAGAUUCCUCCGGCGUAUUAACGUUAAACACCACCGGCAACCUCGUCCUCACCCAAAACAACACCGUCGUCUGGUACACAACUUUAACAAAGCAGGCUCAGAAUCCAGUGGCAGAGCUCUUAGAUUCUGGGAACUUUGUGGUGAGGGAAGUAAAUGAAGCAAACCCAGAAGUUUACUUAUGGCAAAGCUUCGAUUACCCUUCUGAUACAUUACUUCCUGGGAUGAAGCUAGGAUGGGACCUGAGAACUCGUCAGAAUAAGAAAAUAGCAGCUUGGAAGAGCUCAGAUGAUCCAACCCCAAGUGGAUUUUCUUGGGAGUUAUUGCUUCAUAACUAUCCAGAGUUUUUCCUUAUGAAGGGUUCAGAGAAGUUCAUGAGAAUUGGACCUUGGAAUGGUUUAUAUUUCAGUGGUGUACCAGAUCUAAAGCCAAACCCGAUUUAUGAUUUCAACUUUGUAUCCACUACGGACGAGGUUUACUACAUUUAUAGCCUUAAUAACACUUCUGUGAUCUCAAGACUGAUGAUGAACCAAACCAAGUCUCAGGGCAUACGUUAUGUGUGGGUGGAAGCAUACCAAAAUUGGAUGACUUAUCAGUCACUGCCUAAAGAUUAUUGUGAUAACUAUAACCUCUGCGGACCAAAUGGGAAUUGCAUUAUCAGUGAUUCACCAGUUUGCCAAUGCUUGAAAGGGUUCAAGCCUAAGAUACCACAAGCUUGGAACUCAAUGGAUUGGUCAGGCGGAUGUGUGAGAAAUGAAGCAUUGAACUGUAGUAAUGGAAGCAAGGAUGGGUUUAUCAGGUUGGCUGGGUUGAAAGUGCCAGAAACUGAACACACUUGGAUAAAUCAAAGUAUGAGCCUAGAGGGAUGCAGAAAGAAGUGUCUGAGUAAUUGUUCUUGCAUGGCCUAUACAAGUUCUAAUAUAUCAGGAGCGGGCAGUGGCUGCGUCAUGUGGUUUGGGGACUUAAUUGAUAUCAGACAGUCUACUUCUGAUGGGCAGGAUCUGUUUAUUCGAAUGGCUAAUUCGGAAUUAGAGGAAGAAAGGGAGAGCAAGAAGAAACUGACAAUAACAAUUGUUUCAACCUUGGGUGGCAUUUCCGUGAUGCUUUUACUAGGUUUUUGUUGUUAUACCUACCAAGACCAGAGGAAGAGGAAGAUGACUGAUAAACCAGAUAACAACGAAGAAGAUCAAAAUACGGGAGAAAAUGUGGAUGAUCUGGAUCUCCCAUUGAUUGACUUUUCAACAAUAUCUGUCGCCACCAAUAACUUCUCAUUAGAGAGAAAGAUAGGAGAAGGAGGUUUUGGACCAGUAUAUAGGGGAGAAUUAGUCCAUGGGCAAGAGAUUGCUGUUAAGAGGCUUUCAGGAAGCUCAAGGCAAGGCAUAAUUGAGUUCAAGAAUGAAGUAAAACUGAUAGCGAAACUUCAGCACCGAAAUCUUGUCAAGCUUCUUGGUUGUUGCACCCAAGUGGAUGACAAAAUGUUGGUGUACGAAUACAUGCCUAAUGGCAGCUUGGACAGCUUCAUUUUUGAUGACAUAAAAGGCAAGGUGCUAGAUUGGCCUAAACGAUUCCAUAUUAUUUGUGGAAUUGCUAGGGGCCUUGUCUAUCUUCAUCAAGAUUCUAGGUUAAGGAUUAUUCACCGAGAUCUCAAAGCAAGCAAUAUUUUGCUUGAUCACAAGCUAAAUCCAAAAAUUUCAGAUUUCGGCAUAGCUAGAAUCUUUGGUGGGGACCAAAUUGAAGGAAACACAAAGCGAGUAGUUGGCACUUAUGGAUAUAUGGCACCAGAAUAUGCCAUAGAUGGUCUUUUUUCCAUUAAAUCAGAUGUUUUUAGUUUUGGUAUAUUGCUAUUGGAGAUUAUAAGCGGAAAGAGAAGUAGAGGGUUCUAUCAUCCAAACCACUCCCUCAACUUAAUUGGUCAUGCUUGGAAUCUGUGGAAAGAAGGAAGUGCAAUAGAACUCAUAGACUCAAACUUAGUGGAAUCCUGCAAUCUAUCAAAAGUACUACGUUGCAUUCAUGUUGGCCUCUUGUGUGUCCAACACUACCCCGAGGAUAGGCCUACCAUGCCCUCUGUGGUUCUAAUGUUGGGAAGUGAAACUGAACUGGCUCAACCUAAAGCACCUGGUUUUUAUACCAAGAAGGAUUUCAUUGAAACAAAUUCUAGCACAUGCCAAAUGGAAAUUAACUCCACCAACGAAGUAACCAUUACCUUGUUAGAAAUGGGAAAUAAUCAUUUUGCAAGUAUUACUAUUGCUCAUAUACUUCUAUGUCUGCAAGUUUCCUUAGCAUUAGACUACAUUUCUCAGUCACAAUCCAUUAAAGAUGACGGCGCAACCUUCGUUUCCGAAAGUGGAACCUUUGAACUUGGAUUCUUCAGUCCUGGAAAUUCCAACAACCGCUACCUGGGAAUAUGGUACAAGAAUAUCCCAAUUCAAACGGUAGUUUGGGUCGCAAAUCGGAACAACCCAAUCAACGAUUCCUCCGGCAUCUUAACACUAAACAGCACCGGAAGUCUAGUCCUCACCCAAAACCACACAAUAGUUUGGUCCACACCCUCCGUGAAAAACCCACAAAACCCAGUAGCCAAUCUAUUGGAAUCUGGAAAUCUUGUGGUUAGAGAGGAGAAAGAAGCAGGCCCAGAAACCUAUGUGUGGCAAAGUUUUGAUAACCCAACUGAUACAUUCUUGCCAGGUAUGAAAUUUGGGUGGGACUUAAGAACUGGUCUAAACAGGCGUCUGGUAGCUUGGAAGAGUCCAGAUGAUCCUUCUACAGGAGAUUUCUCUUGGGGGAUGGUGCUUAAUAAUUAUCCUGAUGCCUAUAUGAUGAAGGGACCCCAGAAAUUCUACCGAGCUGGACCAUGGAACGGCCUUCGCCCAAGUGGUUCGCCACAAAUCAAGGCCAACCCCAUUUAUGAUUACAAGUUUGUGUCCAAUAAGGAUGAGAUUUACUUCAUGUAUCAGCUCAGCAAUCAUUCUGUUAUCUCAAGACAAGUAUUGAACAUAACAGCUCAUGCUCGUCAACGUUAUGUAUGGAUAGAAUCUCAGCAAGUUUGGAGGAUAUAUCAAACAGUGCCAUUGGACUAUUGUGAUAGUUAUGGCCUCUGUGGAGCUUACGGAAUCUGCAUAAUUUCAGGAUCCCCAGUUUGUCAAUGCUUGAAAGGGUUUAGUCCCAAGUCGCCAAAAAAAUGGAACUCCAUGGAUUGGUCUAUAGGAUGUGUCCGAAAUGAACCAUUAAGCUGCAAGGAUGGCUUUGUCAAAAUGAGUAAUUUGAAGCUACCAGAUACUGCAAAUACAUGGUUGGAUGAGACAAUCUCUCUAGAAGAAUGCAGAAACAAAUGCUUGAACAAUUGUUCUUGUAUGGCCUAUACGAAUUCAGACAUAAGAGGUCAAGGUAGUGGCUGUGCCAUGUGGUUUGGAGACCUAAUUGACAUUAGACAAUUUUCGGGUGGUGGGCAGGAUUUGUAUGUUCGAAUGGCUGCCUCAGAAUUAGGUGAAGUACGAAGGAGCAAGAAGAAGUUGACUAUAAUAGUUGUCUCAACCUUGGCUGCAAUUUCCGCAAUGCUUUUGCUCGGUUUUUGUUGUUAUAUCUACCUUGACCAGAGGAACAUCAAAGAGAAAUCAGAAAACGAAGAAGAUCAGAAGGAGGGGGACAGGGUUGAUGAUCUGGAUCUCCCUUUGCUUGAUUUUGAAACUGUAGCUGUUGCCACCAAUAACUUCUCGGAGGAGAAAAAGAUUGGAGAAGGAGGUUUUGGACCUGUAUAUAAGGGAAGAUUAGUACAUGGGCAAGAAAUUGCUGUGAAGAGGCUUUCACAAAGAUCAGGACAAGGAAUGACAGAGUUCAAAAAUGAAGUUAAAUUGAUUGCAAAACUUCAGCACCGAAAUCUUGUAAAACUUCUUGGUUGUUGCAUCAAAGGAAAAGACAAAAUGCUGGUGUAUGAAUACAUGCCUAACAGCAGCUUGGACUAUUUCAUUUUUGAUAACACCAAAGGCAGGAUCCUAGAUUGGCCUAAACGCUACAACAUUAUUUGUGGAAUUGCCCGGGGUCUUCUUUAUCUUCACCAAGAUUCUAGAUUGAGGAUUAUUCAUAGAGAUCUUAAAGCAAGUAAUGUUUUAUUAGAUGACAAGUUAAACCCCAAGAUAUCAGAUUUUGGCAUUGCUAAAAUAUUUGGAGGAGACCAAAUUGAAGGAAACACAAAGCGAGUAGUUGGGACUUAUGGGUACAUGGCACCAGAAUAUGCAGCCGAUGGACUUUUCUCUAUAAAAUCUGACGUAUUCAGUUUUGGUAUUUUGGUACUGGAAAUUAUAAGCGGGAAGAGAAGUAGAGGAUUUUAUCAUCCUGACCAGUCCCUCAACCUCAUUUGUCAUGCUUGGAGUCUAUGGAAAGAAGGAAGGGAUUUUGAAUUAAUUAACUCAGAGCUGGAGGAAUCUUGCAUCCUAUCAAAAGUACAACGUUGCAUCCAUAUAGGCCUCUUAUGUGUCAAGCAAUACACGGAAGAUAGACCAACCAUGUCUACUGUGGUUCUAAUGUUGGGGAGUGAAACUAAAUUGCCUCAGCCUAAGGAGCCUGCUUUCUACACCAAGAAAGAUUUCAUUGAACCCUAUUUCUUCUCAGGCAAAAUGGACAUUAACUCCACCAACGAAUCAACUAUUACCUUAUUAGAAGCACCAUGAUCUAUGGUGUAUGUAGAAGAGGAGCAAGAAAUAUUUUCUUGGAAAGAGUAUCUACUAAUUAUCUCCGUACAGAACGCGAUUUUUUUUUUUUUUGACUGGCCAGCGGUUCCGCUGUUGUGUUUUGAUUCAUGAGGGCUGUAUAGAUUUUGAUAUCAUUCAAUUUAUUAAUAGCAAAGCUCAGUCAUCAAUUUGCUCGUCCAAUUAGUUUCACGCCUAGUAUAAUUAUUAGUCAUACAAAGUUAGGGACUCUCGACUUCCUUUUCCUCUGUUGGUGGCAAUAUUCUCAAUCUUCCGCAGAACUUUCUAGUAGUCCUAGAUAAGUGUUUCUUUCAUAAAGCCUUAAAUCCAGCCAUAGGACUUACCUGAAAUGCACAAUGCGGAGGCCAAUGGUUGUAAAUGGUGGAAACUGAGGGAGGAUGACACCGCCAGCCACCAGUGCAGGCUAAAGGUAGAGGCAGCUAGGCCCGCGUCAGCUCGAGUCCUGAUCUCCAGUUGUGACUGUAUGCGCUUGGCUGAUUACGUGGCCG